AUGAAAGCUACAAUGAGGUGGUCAGAAGUAGACUUCAAAGAAAUCAUGGAAACCAUGAAGCAGUACUCACUAAGACCUGCUUACCAGACGGCUCAGGCAAAAAUCAAGGAGAUGAAAGAGGAGGAGCUUUUGGGAUUCUCAUAGACCCUUAUAAGACAGAGCAAAUUCAGCAAGCCUUAUAAAGGAGAGUAUCACAGGCCUCCAGUGGCUAUAAAAGUAUUCAACCAGCUCCAGGCCAAAAGAAUUAGAACAGCGAGAGAACACUUCCAUAAGAGCAGUGCUGUCAAGAAAUCUGAUUCCCCCAAAAACCUACAUAUAUUUGGGAUCUGCACUGUUUUAACAGGGAGUUCCCCUCAGUUUUCGAUGGUUGCAGAGUUCUGUAAGCACAGUACCCUGAGGGAAGUGUGGGUUAAGGAAAAGGACCUCAGCCUGGGUUUGUGUUUCCUCCUGGUCCUGGGAGCAGGCAGCUUGUAAGGGCUAUACUGUUCCAGAGCCUCUCUUCACAGAAACAUCAGUUGCUCAAGCUUCCUGGUCACUAGAGGCUACAAAGUAAAGCUUAUAGAAUUUGAGUUGAAACAAACAUAGACUUUCAUCAGCCAGAAAACUAAGCAGAAUAAAAGUCAAACUACAGCAUACUUCUCACCCCAGAAACUGGAAAAUCUCCUUCGUGAAUAGGACAUUAUAGCUGAAAUAUACAGCUUUAGAAUUGUCCUUUGAGAAACUGCCACUGGGAAGAUCCCAUUUGAAAGUUGUGCUUCUGAGGAAUUCUAAAAGUUGGUGUUUGAAAACCCACAGCAGGGUUCAAAAACACAAACCCACAGGGUAAAGGCUGCCACUCUCCAGCUAUAG